AUGUCAUCCAAGGUCAUUGCGCCAUCGCUUGGAACUACUACGGGCACUAUUGUCGAUACGAGUUGUGGAAAACGAACAAGCCGAGUCGGCCAGCCUUCAAAGCACAUUACGCGAGGUGCAACAGAAAAAGUUCCUUCACAUGGAGAAUCUCUUGAUAUAUCGAACAGGAACAACGAGUCAGUUAGCGCCAUGAGUCAAUCAGCCUUUGACUCCGCAUACAGCGAAAGUCGGGUUCGUGUUGUGAACAGCAUAGCGACUUCGGCCGAGCAUAUCCAGCAUUCCUCUGCUUGCACAAAACUCCAACAAAACCAGGUCCCUUUUUUAGACACUGACAGCUGA